AUGUCUAACCAAUUCAACGCUAAUGUCAACACUCAUACGACUUUGAGCCCACCAAAGCCGUCAUGGGUCGACUUGGGGCCGUUCGGGCUGCCAGGCUCAAUCGAGGCCAACGGAUAUGUUCCGUACUUGAUGGCCAUUAUUCUUGUUGCCUCUGUCAUGGCAGUGUCGUUCCGCAAGAACAAGCUGUCUGCAUUUCCUAUCAUCAACGGAAGCAAAAAUGAGUAUUUGCGAGCGGGCCGCGCGAUGUUGGCACGGGGCAAGGAGCAAUAUGGGAACAAGCCGUUCAGAGUCAACACCGGCCUUGGUGGUGGAGUAAUCAUUUUGAACCCGAACGUGAUGCCAGAGGUUCGAAAUGACCAACGCUUCGACUCUACAAAGUUCCUGUUGCAGUACUGGCAAGCUGGAAUUCCCGGCUUUGAGCCAUACAUCGCUCUGGGAACGGAGAUCUUGCACAACGUUAUCAAGUGGAACCUGACGCCAGCCGGAAUCUCCAAGCUUAACAAACCAUUGUCCGACGAGGCCGAUGCGGCUUUGAGAGACAUCUUGACUGAUAACGAAGAAUGGCAUGAGGUCCUGCUCGGCGAUGUUCUCAUUCGCAUUGUGGCCCGUGUUUCAUCCGUCAUCUUCCUUGGCCCGGAGCUGUGCCGCAACCCAGAUUGGCUGAAGAUCACUGUCAACUACACGAACACCGCCACCAAUGCCGCAAAGGUUCUCCGCCGAUGGCCAGUGUUCAUGUACAAGUUUAUCCACUGGUUCCUCCCCGAGUGCCAGACCGUCCGUGUCAUGAUGAACGAGGCACGUGCGACUAUUGCCCCCGUCCUGGAGAAGCGACGAGCGCAGAAGACAGCUGAUCCCAGCCUCGAAUUCCACGACGCUCUGGACUGGUAUGAGUCGGCUGCGAAGAAGAUGGGCGUCGAAUACGACCCCGCUGCUCAGCAGCUGGGUCUGUCCGUUUCUGCGAUCCUGACUAGCAACGACCUCAUGUCGCAGAGUAUCAUGGACCUCUGCAAAAACCCCGACAUGUUCGAGCCCCUUCGAAACGAAAUUCGCUCAGUCCUUGGGGAUGGCGGCUGGAAGCCCACGACUCUCUACAGCAUGAAGCUACUCGAUAGCGUUCUGAAGGAAACCUUGCGCUUGAAGCCUGUUGCAGCUGUUGGUCUAGGUCGACGAGUCAUGUCAGAGGUGCGCCUGCAGGACGGCACUCUCCUCCCUAAGGAGUCUGGAAUCGCCGUUUCAGCCGAGAAAAUGUGGGAUCCGGAGAUCUAUCAAAACCCCCGAGAUUUCGAUGGGUACCGCUUCCUGCGCAUGCGGGAAGCUUCGGAGCAGGGUGAGAAGACGGCUCAGCUGGUCAGCACCUCGCCUGAACAUCUCGGGUUCGGUUUGGGCAUUCACGCCUGCCCCGGCCGCUUCUUCGGCGCCAACACAGUAAAGCUAGUCAUGUGCCAUUUGCUGCUCAAGUAUGACAUAAAGUUGGCCGAGAACAGCAACACGAACCCCAUGGAAUUUGGGUUCUCGAUGCUGGCCAAUCCCUUUGUCAAGGUGCUUGUCAGGCGCAGGAAGGAGGAGGUGCACUUUUAA